AUGAUAAAGGCAAGAACUGUAUGGAGAUUAGUGGCUGCAGGUUGUUCUUGUGGGAAGUUCAUGAGGUUGAUGUUGAAGAGAAAAUGUCCCUGUGAUAAGAAUCUCCCCACUAGGUGGUUAGGAAGAGAAGUACUUAUUCUCGCAAAAUCAGCCAUGAGACUGAUCAAUUUGCUGGGAUGUGAUCACUCAAAGACAAAACUAAGCCUGAAGUUCUAUGAACCCAUUAGUGCUAUUUCUCGGUUGAGUAAACAGACUUCUUCCCCGGUUGAGACUAGGAAGAAUGACAGUACUAAAUCUAGUAGUAAAACUAAGAAGGUUGCUAGUAUUAGCUUUCUGGGUUUGUUGUUUUUUGUGUUGUUGUUUGGUGGAUUAGUGCCUCUUGUGGAUGUUAAGUAUGGAGGGUUGGGUAUUGGAUUUUCCAGUGGGAAAUUUGGUAUUGUUAAUAGCAUACGUGGUGAGAGAGGUGUUGAAAGGAAAGAGAGAGGGUCACAGACUUCUCCUGGUUCAAACUUGUUUAUUGUUGUUGGCCAUGGCAGAGAACCACUGGUUGCCUCUUUCUAUGUGCCAAAGAAUGAUAAGCUUGUGAAGAUUGAUGACAACUUGAUAGUUCACUCAGAUUUGGCCUGUGAGAAAGCUUUGGCUAUUCUUGAGAGAGGGAAUGGCGGAAGGCACUCAAAUGUAUACAGAAAUCCUGCUGAGAGACAGAAGACUUUAGAGUGUGGUGAUGGUGAUGUUGAUAGCACAAUCAUUCUAAAAUCAUUUUCUCAGAUUUUUAUUGUUGUGCUUAAGGAUAAUGUCAAAUAUGUCACAUACUCAUGUGUUGUUCCUCAGUUUGGUCCUCACCUAGUGACCACUUAA